AUAAAGCAGCCUCUCAAGCCAAGAGUAAGAAGGAGACAAGACUAAACCAUGAGAGAGAAGCUCAGCAGCAUGUCGUCACAAAACAUGGCUCCUACUGACUGCAUGAAACCCAGUGACCUCUCUGCAGAGAAAAAGGGGAUAAAGAGGAAAAACUGGAGAAACAGAAUAAGAUUUCUGUGGACAAACUCUUCCAAGUCGAUUCUGCGUCCAAUGAAAAACAGGUCGUACAGGCCAGGUGUUGAUGACGUGAAUCAAUGGGAACAGUCACUUGACAAACUACUCGCCCAUAAAUAUGGGAAAGCUGCCUUCCGUAUCUUUUUGAAGUCUGAGUUCUGUGAGGAGAACAUAGAAUUUUGGACGACGUGUGAGAACUACAAGACCCUCACGUCACAAAAAGAUCUGGUGUCCAAGGCCAACACCAUCUACGAGGAGUUCAUUAAAAGUGAAGCUCCAAAGGAGAUCAACCUGGAUUUCAACACAAAAAAUGCUAUUGAGCAAAGUUUAAAUGCACCCACCGCCACAACCUUCCAGGCUGCUCAGAAGAAAAUCUACAGCUUGAUGGAGAACAACUCAUACCCCAGGUUUAUCAACUCAGACCUCUACAAAGAACUGUGUGCAGUUGCCAGUGGAAAGAGCAAGCUCAUAAAGUACUAGUCAAACUGCACACCCACUCCUGAAGUCAUUUGUUUACCGCUGGACUGUGAGUUGAGUGCAGAUGAUAUUCAUUCCCGGUGCUGCAUCAGGAUAACAGACCUGAAUGCAAAUUCUGAGCAUAAACAGCAGCGGUGAGGGUGGAAAAUGCAAAGUAAAGUCAUUUUUGGACUGUCCUACUGUGUGAUUUCAACAAGGAAGCUGUGAGGGUAAUAUGAAUAUGCUGUAGGAAGUACUUUUACAAGAUAGGAUUAAGGUUACAUUUUUAUCACUGGGCUGUUACCCAUAUUUUGUUCGGUAUACCGUUACAAUCUUAUGCCUUUUUAAGUUUUAUGCAAUGAUACACUUCCAACAGAAUAAUGUAGAGUUGUUGCAUCAGAACUGAGAAGGUAAACAACAUUGAACUGUGCAUCUCUGCUCUUAUCAAACCGACAGCACUGUAAGAAUGUACUUUUGGUCGAAAUCCACGGAAAGACUUUGUACAGGAGUCUUACGCUUCCCAUGUAACCAAGCAUUUUUCUUUUGUUUUGCUGCAUUCGCACUUGUUUACAGAAGAUGUGCAAGUUUAAUAUGUAUGACACUGUCUACUGUUUUCACUGCAAAUGACUUUGAGAAUGUAAAAACUGUGAUCCUGUACUAGAUAUUUCAUGUAUAUUUAAGCUUUGGGCAGCUGGCCUGCCUGUGAUAUAAAAUGUUUUCUUAAUGCUUUAA